CAGAAAUAAGUAUUGUUGCUUAUAGUACCAGAACUAUUCACAACAAUAUUAUUGCUUUGGAUCAACUGUAUAAUAAAACAGUACAAGUUGAGACUUAAUUGAAUACCCAUAUAGAAGAUAUGGAAUAGAUAGUGCAUGUUAUUAAGAAUGGUGGUUUAAAAAAAUCUGGAACAGAUUGUAAAAUUUGACAUUCGAUGUUCGAGUGUUGUUCAACUUGUAAAUUGUGAAUCUAAUCUGUUUGUGUACAGCCCACAGAUUGUUGUUAGGAUGGAAACGAGCUAAGUCAAGUGUACUUAGUAUGGAAUUGUUAUAAAUAAACAUCAGAAUGUAGAGGCUUUAUUAAUGUGAUAUAAUUUCUCUAUAAUAGUCGAAAAGAAAUGUAUUUGCAAAACUCUUGCAACCUUCUCAACAAAAUAUGAAAACCAGGAACAAUGAGGAAUGCGAUUUGGAACAGUGGAAGAUUUUCUAAGUGGAGACUUCAGCAUAUUUCGUUAUGAGGCGACUGUGAAAUAAAUAAGCAGCAUUCCAAAUAAUAAUGAAAAUUGAAGGAAAACAAUAUAUAGAUAUAUAUUUAUUUUUUAUACGUGUAUUUUUUACAAAUCGUGCUUUUUCGUGGGAUGACUAAUUUUAAAAUGAAUAUUGACAAAUUGCGGAAACCUCUACUCGGCAAGGAGGCGACCGUCAAGCGUAAAAAGAACUGCAUAACGCAAUGCUUAAGGAAUUGGAUAUCGAAUAGGUUCUUCCCGCGCCGAAUCAAUUGGAAGAUUUCAAUCUUAGCCGUUUUAAUUUUAAUUACACUUAUAUACUAUUAUCGGUUGUCGCAGUUCGAUUUGAAGUACAUCAAUUACAGUUUUCAUCGCAGCACCAGGCCUACUCCGAAUAUAAGAUGUAGCAGGCUGAACGGGCCCAGGCUACCCCAGAACCACGAUCAUAAAACUGAUGCGCGAUUGCGGAGUGAUCCGAAGGUAUUAGUAUUUGUCGAAACAAUGUAUUCGAAGCUGGGCAAGGACAUCGCCGAGCUUUUGGUUCAUACGAGAAUUAAAUACAAAAUUGAGGUGGUCGGGAAGAGUGUCCCAGUUUUGACGAGCCUCGAUAAAGGAAAAUACGGCGUUAUUGUUUUCGAAGACUUGAACAAAUACCUUCAGAUGGAUAAAUGGAAUCGAGAGCUUCUAGAUAAAUAUUGCCGGGAGUAUUUCGUCGGGAUUAUAGGAUUUAUAAAUCCCAGCGAAGAGACAUUGGUCGGCGCUGAACUGAAAGGUUUCCCGAUUUUUAUACACACGAACAUCCAGUUGAAGGAUGCGGCCUUAAACGCCGCCUCUCAGAUAUUAAGGUUGACUCGGCCUGGGGGGACGAUGUGGGGUACAUUGCCUGGCGAUGAUUGGACGAUUUUUCAAGCCAAUCACUCUACUUAUGAGCCUCUCGAAUGGGCCCAUAAGAUUGAUGAUUACGGACACGAAGGUUUGAUGAAAACCCCAUUGACAACGAUAGUUCAGGACCACGGCCUCUUCGAUAAUAUUCAACGCGUGAUCUUCGGUUCUGGUCUGAAGUUCUGGCUCCACCGACUUUUAUUCCUCGACUCUUUAAGCUACCUCAGUCAUGGACAACUAAGUUUAUCUUUGGAAAGGAAGUUUUUAAUUGACAUAGAUGACAUAUUUGUCGGCGAUAAAGGCACUAGAAUUAAACCUGAAGAUGUCAGUGCAAUGCUUUCUACACAGCGAAGAAUCCAGAAUAUGGUACCCGGAUUCAAAUUCAAUCUAGGGUUUUCCGGCAAAUACUACCAGCAUGGAAAUCCUGAUGAAGACAAAGGCGAUGAUUUAAUUCUUGAAAAUAUAGAUGAGUUCAGAUGGUUUAGCCACAUGUGGAACCACCAGCAACCCCAUCUGUACGACAAUCUGACCCAACUGAUAGACGAUAUGAAUUUAAAUAAAAAUUUCGCUGAAGAAAAGGGUAUACCGUUUGAUUCCGGAUAUUCUGUUUCGCCGCAUCAUUCCGGAGUUUAUCCAGCUCACGAACUGCUCUACACUGCUUGGAAAAAUGUUUGGAACAUUCGUGUUACAUCAACUGAGGAAUAUCCUCAUUUGAGACCGGCAAGAUUGCGCCGCGGAUUUAUACAUCGCAAUAUAAUGGUGCUACCUAGGCAAACCUGCGGACUAUUCACCCACACUAUUUACAUAGAUAAAUAUCCUGGUGGCAGAGAUAAAUUGGAUGAAUCCAUACAAGGUGGUGAACUCUUUCAGACAAUAGUAUAUAAUCCCAUAAAUAUUUUUAUGACCCAUAUGUCGAAUUAUGGAAACGACAGACUGGCCUUAUAUACAUUUGAAUCAGUGAUCAAAUUUGUGCAAUGUUGGACCAACAUAAGACUAAGUUCAGACACGCCUCUGCAAAUAGCAGAAAACUACUUCAAGCUCUACCCUGAAGAGACUGACCCUAUUUGGGGGAACCCUUGCGAUGAUCCUAAACAUCAAAAAAUAUGGUCUAAAAAUAAAUCAUGCGAUUCACUGCCAAAGUUUUUAGUUAUCGGACCGCAGAAGACAGGAACCACGGCCUUAUACACAUUCCUCUCAAUCCAUCCAUCGAUCGCCAGCAAUCUGCCGAGUACAGAAACGUUCGAGGAAAUACAAUUCUUCAACGCUAAUAAUUAUUACAAAGGUCUCGAUUGGUAUAUGGAUUUCUUUCCGGUGGACGUAAAUUCCUCGCACUACAUGUUCGAGAAAAGUGCCACGUACUUUGACGGAGAUUUAGUGCCCAAAAGGGUGCACGCGCUCUUACCUCAUACCAAGCUUGUCACCAUACUGAUAUCACCUGCCAAACGGGCAUAUUCUUGGUAUCAGCACAUCAAAGCACACGGAGACACGAUUGCUAAUAAUUACAGUUUCCAUCAAGUUAUUACUGCCGGUGACACUGCCCCAAAGCCGCUCAGAGAGUUGCGGAAUCGUUGUCUGAACCCCGGAAAGUAUUCGCAGCAUUUGGAGAGGUGGCUCACGUAUUUCCCGCCUCAACAACUGCAUAUCAUUGACGGUGAAAUCUUAAAAUCUAAUCCUAUUGAAAUUAUGGAUGAGUUGCAGAAGUUCCUGAAGAUAACACCGCAAUUUAACUAUACCGGACAUCUGAGGUACGACGAGAUGAAAAAGUUUUAUUGCCAAGUGCUAAACGGAGAGCGUACUAAGUGUUUGGGCAAAUCUAAAGGCCGACAUUAUCCUCCUAUGGAGGAGAAAUCUUUAAAAUUGCUUCAACGGUACUUUUUAAGUCACAAUACGGCACUUGUGAAAUUGCUGAAACGCAUUGGCAUGCGUAAUGUCCCUCAAUGGCUACAGGACGACCUGACUGAUUCCCCGACGUGAGUCGCCCAUAUACUGGCAGUAUUUGUCACUGUUGUGAGGCAAACAUAUUUAAAUAACUUAUAAUGGAAGGACUUCAAUCCUUUUUUUGGUCCGUGUUUAUAACAAUUCCACAUUAUAAGUAUAUAAACGCAUGAAGCGGAAAUUAGGAUAUGAAUAUAUGUGAUCAUUGUAUAUUUAAAAUAUUUAUUUUUUAAUUUGUAUGUAUUUAUAUAUAUAUUUUUAAAAUGUUAUCCGUUUACAACUCAAAUAAGAGAAGCAGCGUCGCAUUAAUCAUCCAGUUGGCAGAAUUGAUUUAUCACUAAAAAGCAAUACUACUAAUAUUUUUAUAUCCAUCACUUAAUAAAAUGUAAUGCUAUAGGGGUCCAAUUUGCCAUGCUAUUUGCCAUAUCAGAAUUGAAUUGAAACAAGACAAAAUACAUUAAAACAAUUCUUUUCUUUAAUUUCAACGUUAAUAGUUACCAUGUAAAAAGCUUAAAUGAAUGUUUAUAAGAUUAGAAAAUGAAAUUAUAUUUUUGGUUGAACAUACUUGAUUGAAAC